AUGAAGGAACUAAAGAAGAGUGAGGAUAGAACAAAGAGAUUAAUUAUGCAUUCUGUUUCUCCAGUAGUUAAGAAGUUCAAGGACACAACUGUACCAGAUCUUGCAGUUCUAGAGAAAAAACAUGGCAUAGCAGCUAUGUAUGCACUUGGCAUGUACUUACGGAACAACCACAUGAUUGCCUUUCAAAAAGCUGUUGCUGCAUCAUGUAUAAGAUAUAAUGCAGGGAAUGGACUCAUGGAGUUUUUACACAAUCUGGGAAUGUCAAUACCUACAAAAAGCAAGCUGCCAAUGUUGGAUGACCUUGGACAAAUAAAUGGUCGGGAUGUAGUUUCUGCUUUGGCUAUUGGGAAAACCAUCAAAAUCACAGUUGAUAACAUUGACGGGCACAUAAAAGCUUAUCAGGUCAGGCUUGGUAGUGGAAACAGAGAUUUUCACUACACUCAUUGGUCGAUCCUUAUCGACAGAAUUGACCCAAGAGAUCUUCAAGGACUGAGCACACAACCGAAACAGAUAACUGCCCAAGGACCUGACCCUACCAUCUUCUUCUUGUCUUCAAACGAACAUGAAGCAUUAAGAUAA